AUGAACGUGUUGUCGGCUUCGAUUACGUCGGCUCUGGCGCUCAAACCAUCGACUGUGUACAUCCUUCGAGUUAAGAACAGCAAGACGCGACAGAGGUGGCAUGUUCGACGUCGCUUCACGGACUUCUGCGAGUUGCGCGGGAAGCUUCUCGCCCUUAUCGACGAUCAAAUGGCCAUGUACCUCACAUGUCUUGAAGUCGACGAUACCGAAAGCAGCUUUUGUACCACUGGCUCCGACGUCAGUUCAAGUGCCAGCUCAAGUGUCAGUACUCGUCACUCGUGUCGUGGAAAGAACCGCCAUGACUUCUCUCCACCCCCACCGGAUCGUUUUUGCUACGUGUUCAAGCAGUUUCCAUCUCGCAAGCUAUUCGGCUCACGCUCCGAACGUGUCAUCAAAGCACGAUCCGUAGCUCUCAAUCUUUUUUUGCAGCAGGCACUUGAAGUCGUCGAAGUUGUUCGCCAACGUCGGUUGAUCGCCAUUGGUUUCAGCAUGAUGACCCACAUUGAGAGCUUUCUCGAAUGCAGAGUUCACCGAACAGCCACGAGCGUUGCUUCGCCAAGUGCUUCAGACUGCAAAAGCGAGACAGUUGCACGACGGCAGGCUGUGUCACCCAGUCGAGUUAGGAGAAAUUCAGCUGCCAGAUCACACUCACCUCAGAUAUACACCACUUCCCGUUGGCGUUGA